UAUGGGAAGUUGGGAACUGCCGACUCCUGAGUCCUGACAGACAAUCGGCGGCUGUAGUAGCACCGCCCGCUUCCGAUGACGACCACCAAAGUUUUUCAAUUCAGAAGGAGAACAUCCUUCUACCUUUUCAGCAUCCCCGCCGUUGGCGCCGCCGCCGUUCUUACUUAUCAUCAUCAUACUCUAAACCCCGAUCGACACUCUCCUCUCCACUACAUCACUACAUUGUUCAACGGUGUCCUUCGGUCCUCUCGCUCUCUCUAUACUAUUACUGCCAAUGUUGUUGACUACAAGUACUCGUUACAAGGCAUAUCCCCGGAUACGGAUCAAUAUAGAACAAUACUUUCUCAGGUUCAUCUACGCUCAGCCAAGAGGAUAUUAAAACUAUGUGAGAUUAACCAAGGGUUCUACAUUAAAGCUGGUCAGUUUGUGGCAUCCAUGCGACAAGUCCCCAAGGAAUACUCUUCUACUCUUGCGUCAUUGCAGGAUCAGGCAGUUCCAUGUUCUUUUGAAGCUAUAAAAGAAGUACUAAUCAGCAAUCUUGGAUCAGACUUAAAAGAGAUUUUUUUGUCUAUUGAUGAACAACCUAUUGCUGCUGCAUCCAUAGCUCAAGUGCACCGUGCAUUACUGAAAGACCAUCAGGAAGUAGUGCUUAAGGUCCAGUAUCCUGGGUUAAAAGAUCGGAUGAGGAUGGACAUUGCAACAAUGUCUUUACUCGCCAAAUGUGUCACAUGGUUUUUUCCUGAAUACAGGUUUCAGUGGAUGGUAUCAGAAUUUUCAGAGGUGAUUGCUUUGGAACUUGAUUUCAUUCAGGAAGCAAGAAAUUCAGUCAGAACUGCCAUAAACUUCAAGCAAAGUAGCAGAAUCAAAGUCCCUAUGGUUUUUCAGGAGCUUACCACUAGCCAAGUUUUGACUAUGCAAUAUUGCACGGGAAGAAGGGAAUUCUUUGCCUUUCAGGUAGAUGAUUUGGAUUACAUUUGGAAAAUGAAAAUCGAUCCAAGAAAGGUUGCAAAAGUGUUGGUGGAAGCAUUUGCUGAAAUGAUAUUUGUCCAUGGUUUUGUGCAUGGAGAUCCACAUCCUGGUAAUAUACUGGUUGCCUUGGAUGAAAGAGAAGGAUUUUGUUUAGUUGUUCUGGAUCAUGGGAUCUACAGAAGUUUAGAUGAAGAAUUUAGAGUGAAGUACUGCCAACUUUGGAAAGCAUUAAUUGCUUUAGACUCGCAUAAAAUUCAAGAAAUAGGUGAAGAGUUUGGUAUUGGGAAGUACGCUAGAUAUCUUCCCCUCAUAUUCACAGGAAGAACGAUCGACAGUAAAGCUGGUCUUGGACAAGGAAUGUCGGUUGAAGAGAAAGCAAAUCUGAAACAGGAAGUGAAGAGGCUUAGUAUUGGCGAUAUAUCAGAAUUUAUGGAGUGUUUACCCCCGGAAUUUCUGACAGUGUUGCGUACAGAUGGACUUAUCAGGUCUUUAAGUAGCAAGCUAGGUUCUCCUCAACGUGUGCGGCUACUAGUUUAUGCACACUAUGCAUUAGAGGGUCUAUCUUCAAAGCCAAAUCCUGAUUCUGGUGUAUGUACCAGAAUGAGGUCUCGAAUCGAUUGUCUUCAAGUCAGGCUGUUACUUGGGUUACUGCAAGGGUUGUGUUGGGUGGAAGAUAGGAGACAAGGGCUUGUGACAUGGUCAAAGCAAGUUAUAUCUGCCAUCAAUACUUACUUACUUGCUCUCUAUCUAACUCCAGCUGCCAGCCAUCAUCACUUGAACUGAAACUUGCAUCACAUGAUCAUCUGUAUGUAAAUUGUAGAUAUUAGAAAUACAUUACUAUCUUCAUUCCAUUUGUAAUAUACAUAACAAGGGGUUUAAUCAUUUGAGAACUCUAAAAUUUGUGAUAUCCAUGACCAUUU